GCUAGUCUAGACAUGAACGUCGCUGUAGUCAUCGGGGCUGCCAGCAACCUAGGAUAUCACGUAUUGAAGAAACUCACAACAAUCUACGAUGGGAAAAUCUACUUCACAACAGAAGAUGAAACUAUCGGCUACCAUAUUUACGAAUCCCUCGACAAAAACCCUAAUCUCGAAUACUUUAGAAUGGACAUAACGUAUACGAAGAGUAUCAUCAACUUACGGCAUCUCAUUCAAGACCGUGAGGAGAGGAUAGAGCUACUCAUAAAUAAUACGGACUAUGUAUCAGAGAAGAACUUGGCACGAGCCGAAAAAGUACGCCGGACGCUUAGUGUAAAUUUCUACGGUUAUAUAAAUUUUGGCAAACUUGUUUAUCCUCUGUUGACUGAAAACGCCAGAGUUAUUAAUGUGUCAGGCCCUGCGGGACUCUUGGCGACGAUCAAAAACGAAGACAUCAGAGCGAGAAUUAGUAAUCCAAAUAUUACAGAAGAUGAAUUGGUUGCUAUGAUGCAGGAGUACGAAGAAGCCGUCAGAAGGGGAAUUGAGAAAACUGAAGGAUGGGGUAUGAGUAUGCAUUCCGUGAGUAAGGUGGCCCUCAACGCUGUUACGUUUCUCCAACAUAGAGAAUGGUCUGAACAAGGUGUAAUGAUAAACUGCGUGAACCCCGGCAGCUUAUCUAGUAAAGAAGAUAGGAAAUCAACAAAAGUGUACGAGGAAGGCGCUAAGGCUGUUUUGUUUCUAGCAACAGAGGCACCGUUAAGUUUAAAAGGCAAUUUCGUAUGGAGCAAUUACAAUGUCAUUCCUUGGAACACAGAUCCAUUUGUCGAAGUGACCACUGUCUGAAAUGAGGUUAAAAUCAGAACAACGCGAAAUGUUUAAGUGCGUACUUGUGAACUGCUAGAGCGAAGACUCUUUUGCUGGAACAAAGGAUUCAUAGCUGCAAAUUGUUAGGAUUUUAUCGAGAUUUUAUAUCUGCAAUAACUGUAACUGGUAGUUUUGUCUUUAGAAUUUAUGGGCUAUAAUAACAGAGGCUAAGCAGUGCUCGCAUUCGCGCGGUCAUUAAAACAAGAAUAUGUCUCGCCUCUCGCUAACUUGUAGAUAUACGCGUUUGCAUUUGUUCGAAAAUUUAGCGCUGCCUUCUCGUUGUACUUUUAGUAUGGGUUAAAAGUACUAUUUAUAUUAUUAAAUUAAGCAAAAGUUCAAAGUUGGUUUGCUUUUUAUUAAAAAUUAUUACUAUGUAAUUAAGAGUAUUCAGAUUUUAUAUUUCGUAGAUUCUAAAUACUAAUAUUCUAUACUUUUCAAUCAAUCAAUCAAUCUAAGUAAAUUGGUUACUUUGACCAAAUACAUUAUAAUUUUAAUGUUAAAAGUAGCAAUUCAACAAAACAAUUCUGUCUCAUUAUAUUUUUUAUAUUAAAAUAUAAUAUAUUUUAUGAAUUAUAAAUAGUUUAAUAAUAUUAUAUAUAUAUUUCAGUUGAUUAUAAAGUACAUAUAAUGUUGACUAAAUUUUCAACUCGAAACAACAUAAAGAUCAGUGUUGGCCUAGUGGCUCCAGCGUGCGACUCUCAUCCGUGAGGUCGUAGGUUCGAUCUUCCGCUGUGCAUCAAUGGAUUUUCUU